AUGGAAGUUACUGAUAUGGGAGAUAGGCCAAGAAGAGAAGAUCUCUGCUAUUACUGUUAUUGUCCUUGCAUAGAGCCCGGAUAUAGUUUUGCGAAGUACUACAAAUAUUUACUGCCUCUACUGAUCCUGUUAUGGGUUCUGUUCUAUCCCUUAGGUGACCCCGGAGUAAUUUGUGAGAAUAAUACCGAUUGUUCUGGUGGUACAUUCAUGCGAAUUGUAUGUUCGUCUUACAGAUAUCUAGGUCAGCUGACGAUACCAGAAUUACCAAAGUUAAAUUCGAUAUUAGAAGUACCAGCUCUGCAGCGCCUUAGCCGGGGCACGACAUUUGACAAACCAAUCAAGGACUCUACUACCCAAUCUUCCAUCGAAAACUCUUUGACGCGACCUUGUAACUCACCAGAAUAUUCACCAGACAACCGACUAGAUGAAACAUUUGAUGGUUCACCUCAAAACACAACAGAUUGUGAAAAAUGCAGUCGCUUGUGGAUGUUUCCUGGCUAUAAUGACCAUUCCUUAGUAAACAUAUGCCAGUCUCUACUGUUUCUGGUUAUCUGCACUUUUUUCAUGUACUUACCUCUGGGAGAAGAGGAAAAGUGGGAAGGAGAUAAAUUAUUUCCAAAAUUCUUGCCGACCACGUCGAAUGAGCUGGCGAAAGAGAGUUCUAUUUCAUGCUGCUUUUGCUGCUACCUGUAG